CAUUACGAUCUGCUGGUAUAUUUUUCUAGCAAUAUUUGAACUGAACAAAAUCAGGAUGACUUUAUGAAGACAAUAAUUAAAGUAAAAUGAACAUCAUGCAACCAAACUUGCUGCUGUUUUGCUUGAUUUACCUUGUCCUCAUUCGCAUUGCUUGGAGCGACUAUUCUUUUGAGUUUGUUCUGCCGGACAUAAAAACUCUAAUAGGAGAAAAAUGCCGGGAAUUUAGUGAAUACUUCUGCUUGACCAAAUACUGGACUACUAAAAAAAAUCAUCGCAACCUUCACUGGAACGACACGUUCAGCAUUGAAAGGCUGAGUUUCGAAUGGUACAGAGGCCUCAAUUGGUUUUCUUUUCAAAUGGAUCCUUCAGGUUGCUGCUACUAUCAAACAAGAGUCUAUAUGAUAUACGGCCACAGAAGAGGAAUAUCCCCCGAGAAUUAUAUUAGAAAAAUGACAAACUUCAAAAGUUCAGGAAAAACUUUGAGACAUAUCAAGGUGCGAUUUGAUGACGAGCUUUGCGUGAAUGUUAUCAAUGAAAUUGGUUUUGGUUCAGACAACGGCGAAGUCAAAGUACGAGGAGGUUCACCAGAGGCAGACUUCGUGCUUCCUUCGACUCCUGCUGAAAAUUCGGUGACGACAUUUGAAAAAAGCAAUCUGAGGGAAGAACUUAAUUUUGAUUGGUUCAAGUUCAAUGUAAUUUGUAUCGCACAACAGUGGAUAUGUGAUAAGUAUCCAGUGAAUGCUUCAAAUCUGAAACUUUCAUGAUAGAUGAAUUCGACUUUAAAAACACAUCAUUUUGUCAUGAAAAUGUAUGAUCGAAACAAAAAUCUGUCAAAUUUUUUUUUUGA